GCCCUUCCUGAACAUUCAAAGCCUUAAAUUAACUGCAUAUGAAAAGUAGCGCAUCCGUUCAGGUUGAAUGAAUUAGGCAUCCGACUACGGCGGUUUUCCAGGUAUUAGUCUAAAUGAAACAGGCUGUUCUCCGGAGACUGGCCAGGUUAUAAUGCAUAUAUUCAUUCAGACAUACAUACAUGCAUGCACGCAUGGGGUUUUGAAUGCACUAUGGGGGAGGAGGAAACUCGUACGAAGCUGCCGCUCGCAGUGGUGCCGUGUUAUGGAGGUUGACCAAAAGCCAGCAACACCCAGUCCGUGAAUAUCCCCCAGGGAGGGUGGAGGGGAAUGUGGAGGGAGGGUGGAAGUGAUGCAGCGAUAUUUCCUGCACCUGUGGAUGAGCUCACUGGCACCGUAUGCACGUAGGCUGCUCCGGAGCGCAAAGCGGACGGGCGGCGCGGGGCGGAGCGGAUGCGCAUUCGGGGGAUCGGCGAUCCGGGGCCGCUCUCCGUGAGUCCUGCGGGAGGGCGAUGGAGGAGGCAGCGGACGGCGCUCCCUCCUCCGCGCCGGAGGACGGCCACCUGGCGACCUGGCGCUGGGGCAGGAACGCCAAAGAGCAGGUCCAGCUCAAACAGAAGAUCCGAGACCUGCCCGCCCUCCUGAAACACGGGCUGCAUCUGCGGAGGAAAAGUCAGUCCCCUGACACUAUCCCCGGGCCCAGCGUGGGAUUCAGCAGGCAUAAGGCCUGCUCCCAGAGCUUUCCCUGUGCAGGCCGCGCUCUCAGGAACGCCUUCCUAUCCCACGGUCCAUAUCCCGGCAAGGAGAGGAUACACCUGGCCCGCAUUAUCAGGAGAACCUAUGAGGGUCUGGAGCUGGUCCAAUGGCUGCUGGAGCAGUGUCUGUUCAUCCAGUGCAGGACGAUGGCAGUGCGUGUCUGGCAGAUCCUGCUGGAGCUGGGCAUCCUGCUAUCGGUGGACCAGCGGGUCGUCUUCGAGGACUCUGACACCUACUACCGGUUCUCCUUCGAGGAGUGUGAGAUGCCGGCCUGUGGCUUCCGGCAGGAGGACGAGUGGCAGAAUGGGGUCCGUCUCCUCCUCCAGCUGGCCCCCUACGUCCAGUUCCGGGUCGGCGUCAUCAGCGCGCCUGAAGAGAAGAGCGACGAGAAGCGGGAUAUCUGCAAUGAGAUCCUCCAGAUGAAGGCUCUGGAGCGCCUCACUUCCACGAAACCUGUAUUUUUGGGUACCCCGUUCUGCGCCCCAGUCUCCGCCAUGUCCUGGGGCUGCGGCCUGAGGUACCUUUUCUCUCUGCCCCCUGCCUUGCAGCAGGGGGGCGUGUGCACCCUGCGUGACAAGGACGAGCUGUCCCGCCUGGAGAUGGUCCAGAGGCUGGCCAAGGACGGGUGCCGCUUCCUGCAGAAGGUUCCGGAGAGGGCUGAGCCCCACAGUCAGGAGGCUGUACGCGUCUAUCUGAAGGAGCGUGGUCAGGAUGUGUUGGUGCUCCAGCGGGUGUCAUCAGAGCAGCUGCUCCCCCCGGCAGCAGUGGGGGGGUGGGAAGAGGACAAGGACAGGCGAGGGUGGAGGUGCAGAGGGGGGUAUGCAGCAGCAGGUCCCGGGGUGCGAGGACAGGAGCAGGACGGCGCGGCCAUGGCCUCCACGCGGCAGCCCCCAGACCUGAGGCGCGCCACGCUGGUGGUGCAGGAAGAGGAAGAGGAUGAGGAAGGCUCCGACAGGAGCUGCGGCCACCCGAGGGUGCCGGCCUUCGACGUGCCGUACUUCCGCUACAUCGAUGACGAUGAGGAGGAGGGGGAGGUGGAUGGGGACGAGUGGCUUGCCAGCCGCUCCCCGUCAUCCAACGAGGAAGACUCUGUGACCGACUCGCCCACCUCUGCGUCCGACAGGUACGUGGUGGUGUCCGGGACGCCCCAGAAGAUCCUGGAGCACCUGCUGAGUGACCUGCGGCUGGACGAGGGCCAGGGGGCGACACCGGGCAAGGAGGCGGAGAUGCUCCUGGAUGACUUCCUGCUGACCUACCUUGUGUUCAUGUCCACCAGUGACCUGUGUCAAGCCUUGCUGGGACACUACUGCACCAAGAGAUGCCGGGGGAAGGAGGAGGGCAAGGAAGCCCUGUACCGCAAGCGCAAGGUGCUACACCUGGUGUCGCAGUGGACGGCCCUCUACAGGGACUUCUUGCGUGAAGAGGAGAACGUCAAGCUCUUCAUGAAGACCCUGUAUCGAUACGUGUUGGAUGACCUGUACGAAUAUCCCACCCUGGAGAACGACCUGAAGGAGUUUCAGAAACUCUUACGCAUGCACCGCAGACAUUACGCUCCACUAAUUCUCCGUCCUCCCUCACAGAACAAGGUCCUUUUCCACCAAUUGAGCCUAAAGGAGAACGGUCUUCAGCUCCGAGGCGUGUACAGCGACACCAGGGAAGUUCUGUGCCGUGUUUACGUGACUCCGGACUCGUACCUGAGCGUGAGGGCGAAGGCUACAGUGGUGGCCCAGGACCUGCUCCGCGUUGUGGCCGAGAAGAUGGAGCAGGCAGAAGAGGAGCUGGCCCUGGCGGCCGUCAGCUACACCGGCGAGAAGCUCGUCCUUCAGCCCCAUGACAGCAUCUGCUCGGAGUCCCUGGCGUUACCUGAGAGACUGCUAGCGUACCGGAAGGACACGGGGGACAUAAUGAAGCCGCUGAUGGACGGCGCCGAACUGGGACACCGAGCUGCCCGACUGCUCAGCCUGAACACGUGGGAUGUGGCUGUCGCCCUCACCAGCUUUGACUGGAGUCUCUUCAGCUCCAUCCACGAGCAAGAGCUGAUCUACCACACGUUCACCCGGUCAGCCAGUGGGGGGCGCACCGUAGCGCUGGAGCUCCUCCUGCAGCGCUGCAACGAGGUGCAGCUGUGGGUGACCACAGAGGUGCUGCUGUGUGCCACAGUGGCCAAACGCGUCCAGCUGCUCAAGAAGUUCAUCAAGAUCGCUGCCCACUGUAAAUCUCAGCGAAACCUGAACUCCUCGUUUGCCAUCAUCAUGGGCCUGACGAUGGCAGCGGUGAGCCGGCUGAGCCAGACGUGGGAGAAAGUUCCAGGCAAAUUCAGGAAGCUGUUCUCAGAACUGGAACUGCUAACAGACCCGUCCCUGAAUCACAAGGCCUACAGGGACGCUUUCAAGAAGAUGAAGCCCCCGAAAAUUCCCUUUAUGCCUCUCCUGCUGAAGGACAUCACCUUUAUUCAUGAGGGCAACAAAACGUUCCUGGACAACCUGGUGAACUUUGAGAAGCUGCAUAUGAUUGCAGACGCCAUUCGGUUGAUGCGCCACUGCCAAACUGAUCACAUGGGCAAUGAGAUGACCCAGAAAGAUAGUCCAGAGGUGCGGGCUUGUGUCCACUACCUCCACAUCAUCGACAAUCAGCAGAUCCUGUUCGAACUGUCUCAUCGACUUGAGCCACGGGCCUAGGCCACAAAGACUGAGAGUGUGCACUUCACACGCCAAGCACUUUGAGAUGGGGGGGGGGGGGUCAUUCCUUGACACAUGGCGCUUUGGCCUGUAUUGGGGCAACAAAAUAGGAACAGGCGUCCAUGCUUGGAACAUCCCAGAACGCAAACUACAGGUUCUGACGAGUCUGUACGCAUUUCUAUGUUCAACCACCAGGAGGAGACAGACACUCAGCUGCGGAAUACCAAUGCAGAAGCCAAACGAGAAGCAAAUGGCACCUAGUGACUGAAUGGCAGGACUUCAAACCCCCCAGAGGGGGGUGUUCGUUUCUGCAUCUGUAGAUUUUGAACACGCGAAAUGUCAAAUACACGCAAAUGUAAUAGGCGUAGAGAGGGGCAGGACAUUGGCGUCCAGGGAUGUGCAACCAUGAAGCUUGCUAGUCGACUUUGAGCAGAUUUAAAAGCCACAUUUGGGAGUUUUCAGUAUGGAGAAGAGUUCAUCCAGAGUAGUUGUAUAACUGAUAGUGUUAACAUAUCCUACAAGUGACCAGAAAUAACAGUAUUGAAUUCAGAGUCAUUUCAAAACUAAAGUGUGUCUGUGUGUGUGUGUCUUCUGGAGACAAAGUAUUGUGAAACCAUAAUAAUUCUACUUGUCCUGCAGUGUUUUUGCAGGCCCACGUUCCCUGAUUCCACACCUUUUAUGUACUUCGACUCAAUUUGGUCUGGCACCUCCCUAUAACUCAGUCAAAGCUCCAUAUUCUUAAUUAGCAGAAUAUAUUUUUAGAGGUAUGUAUGUGUUUCAGAAGCCAAUAAAAUAUUUCUAAUGUGGUGCCAAACAAUUAAGGAAGACAAUGCAAUUUAAGUAGAAUAACAGUGUUUUUAACAGUGUUGAGCCUUAUCUUCAGUAAUCAAAUCUCAGUACAGCCAUUUCACGACCUGCUGCAUUUCUGCAAGGCCCCGAUCGUGGCGCGUGUUGCUGCAGACCGCGGGCAAUCUAUCGUCACGACAAAGUCUCUACAUGCCCAGCUUGCAAUUUCGCCUGCAGCAGCAGUUUUAUAGGCCUCAUAUGGCCGUUUCCCUCGUGUAUCUUUUUUAACGGACUCUGUCGUGGUGCACAGUUACAACUCUCAUUACGACUUCGACCAAACCGCGUUAAUUAACCUGUAGCGUCCUCGGGAUGGUGCGACUCCCGCUCUCCGCUCUCGAACAUUUGCUAUAAUACAUAUAUGCCAGGAACGGACUCUGGUUUUGGGAAAAGAAAAAAAGAACUUUAUACUCUGCAGCUCUGCUAUCAUGUUCUUUGUGUAAUAGUGGAUAUAUGUUUUAGAUUUCCACUAUGUGGUUUUCAUGGUAUCCGUAAACCUGUUUACACACAACACGUGUAGAUUUUCUGUAAAGAUGUUGUGAAUAUUUUCCUGUGAGGCAUUAAUAUUAUUUAUUGGGGGGGGGGGGGGGGGUAUUUGAAUGAGGGUGAUAAAAUAGAAGCCGCGAGUUUUGUUAUACACUGUACAGGGGUUACGGUAGACAGAACAAGUAUGACUGAAGAAAAUCUGCAACCCACACGCUCCGUUUUUCUGUAGUAGUACAAUUUUUGUAAACGCGGAUUUGUGUAUCCCUCGUUCAUAGAGACGUUUCUCUGGGAAUUAUCGAUGAGAGGACAGCGGUUUCGAGAAGGCUGUCGUUUUUGGACUCAUCAAAAUAUACGGAAAAUUAAAAUAGUUUGUUGUGGGCUGUAGUUUUUCCAGCAAUUAUUGCUCUGUAUGUAUUUAUUUAUUUUUCAAGAUGUUACUAAACUGGUCUGCAUGGAGUUCUUAAACCACACAUCGACCAAUUCACCUUGUGGGAACAGAAGCCUUUGUAAUAAUCUGUAAAUAUGCAAAGUGUGUGAAUUAUUUAUAUGUAAAAAAAGAAAAACUAUAAAGCAAUACAUUUUCAGCAUGUCCGUCCCUCACGCCGCUUCCAAACCAUGCCUAUUUUCUAAUUAUAUGCAUUUUUACAGUGAUUUGAAAGUUUAUUGAAAAAUAAAACGUUUUAUGUUACAAAAA